CAGGAGUCGUGGGCUUUCAUAGCGAGUGUUCGACAGAAUAUUCUGUUUGGCUCUCAAUAUAAUGAAGAGAAAUACAAUCGAGUGGUGAAAGCGUGCGCUUUGGACCGGGAUUUCAAACUCUUCCCAUACGGCGACCAAACUCUAGUCGGCGAGAGAGGAGUUUCGUUAAGUGGGGGCCAAAAGGCCCGCAUAAGUCUGGCCCGGGCUCUGUACCACUCGGCAGACAUCUACCUCUUAGACGACCCCUUGAGUGCUGUCGACACACAUGUGGCUAAACAUCUGUUCCAGAAAUGUUGUGUUGAGUACCUGAAAAACAAGACAAGGAUUUUAGUGACCCAUCAAAUCCAGUUUCUCAAAGACGCGCAUCAAAUACUUGUGCUCAACGACGGCGAGUGUGUGGCCAUCGGGUCCUACACUCAGCUCAAAGAGCGCGGCAUUGAUCUCAUGUCAUAUCAGAGACAAACCGAUGGACCAAAUGCUAAAAGAGCUAUGAAGAGAAGCACUUCAUUCACACCAUCGAUGGUCUCAUCCCUUAGUGAGGGAUCGGAAGUGACGGACGUUAGGGAACCGAUAGAAGUGGACGAACAGGAAGUGAAGGCCGAACUGAAAAUGAUUGGAUCCGUUGAGUCCACUGUUUAUAAGGAUUACAUUAAGGCCGGCGCCGGACCUCUACUCAUAACACUUACCAUUUUGUUUAUCAUCGCUUCGCAAGUUCUCUAUCAGGGAAGUGAUUAUUGGUUGAGCUUAUGAUCUUCGGUUAAUCUCUAUAACCGAAUAUUCUAUGCAUUAUUGCGAUCACCGAUACAUCUGUUCGAGAGUUCACCCAUUGCCCGGAGUCCGGUGUACUCUCACGUGAACACAACGCUGUGUGGGCUGACAUCGAUCCGUGCGUUUGGCGCACAGCAUAUGUUUGAGCGUCAGUUUGAAGUCCACCAAAACGACAACACCUCUACUUUCUUCCUAUUUAUUUGCACCGCUCGAGCACUCGGGGUCUUAAUGGACACCAUUUGCAUAGUAUAUGUCAGCGCUGUUAUCGCUUAUAUUAUGACAAAUACUAACAGUAUUCCUGGAGGAAAUGCUGGACUUUUGUUAACUUCAGCAUUAUCGCUGACGGGUUUAAUUCAAUAUGCUAUCAAAUGUUCGGCCGAUACUGAGUCUUAUAUGACUUCUGUCGAGCGAGUGCUCGAAUACACAGCCAUUAAACCCGAGGCAGAGCUCGAGUCAACUCCCGAUCGGAAACCACCCAAAGAUUGGCCACAAAUGGGAGAAAUAGUGUUCAAAGAUAUGAGUCUUCAAUACAACGAAUCGCCG